GUGAGAUGCAUGCUAAACAUCUGGGGCGUGAUGCUCUUCAUCCGCCUGUCGUGGGUGUUUGGACAGGCGGGGGCAGGUCUGGGCUGCGGCAUCAUUCUGCUGAGCAUGGUGGUGACCAUCAUCACGUGUCUGUCCAUGUCCGCCAUCUGCACCAACGGAGUCGUCAGAGGAGGAGGGGCAUACUACCUGAUCUCCCGCAGUUUAGGACCUGAGUUUGGCGGUUCUAUCGGUCUCAUCUUUGCCUUUGCCAACGCGGUGGCCGUGGCCAUGUAUGUGGUCGGCUUUGCUGAGACAGUCAGAGACCUUCUUGUGGACUAUGAUGCCCUGAUGGUAGACGAGGUCAAUGACAUCCGCAUCAUCGGCUGCAUCACUGUGGUGGCACUUCUGUUGAUCUCGGUGGCAGGCAUGGAGUGGGAGGCCAAGGCCCAGCUUGUCCUGCUGGUGAUCCUACUGGUUGCUAUCGUCAACGUGUUUGUCGGCACGUUCAUUCCCGCAACUCCAAGCAAACAGUCACAAGGAUUUUUCAAUUACCAUUUAUCCAUUCUGAAAGAAAACUUCAUGCCUGACUUCCGGGACAACGAGAACUUCUUUUCGGUGUUUGCCAUCUUUUUCCCAGCUGCCACAGGAAUUUUGGCAGGAGCCAACAUAUCUGGAGAUCUUAGGGAUGCCAAUGAAGCUCUUCCUAAAGGCACACUGUUGGCCAUUAUAAUCACUGGAAUAACAUACCUGGGUGUGGCACUUUGUGUAGCCGCCACUACCGUUCGUGAUGCAACUGGCUUCAAUGUCACCUUGGGACCAGGGGAGUUCUGUAACUUCAGCACAGCGUGUGAAUUUGGAUAUGACUUUUCAGUAUGUGCAACUACGAAGUGCAAAUAUGGCUUGAUGAACAACUUCCAGGUCAUGACCAUGGUGUCCGGCUUUGGUCCUCUCAUCAUCGCUGGAACCUUCUCAGCCACUCUGUCCUCCGCUCUCGCCUCUCUUGUCAGCGCACCCAAAGUCUUCCAGGCUCUGUGCAAAGACAAGAUCUACCCAGGCCUGGGCAUGUUUGCCAAAGGUUAUGGCAAAAACAAUGAGCCCAUUCCAGGCUACGUCCUCACCUUCAUCAUCUCUGUGGCCUUCAUCAUCAUCGCUGAACUGAAUGUUAUUGCUCCCAUCAUCUCCAACUUCUUCUUGGCCUCCUAUGCUCUCAUCAAUUUCUCAUGCUUCCACGCCUCAAUCGCCAAGUCGCCGGGAUGGCGGCCUGCCUAUAAGUACUACAACAUGUGGCUAUCCCUAUUUGGAGCCGUGCUGUGCUGUGCUGUGAUGUUCGUCAUCAACUGGUGGGCUGCGCUUCUUACAUAUGGAAUAGAAAUCAUCCUCUUCAUCUACGUGACGUAUAUUAGGAAGCCAGACGUCAACUGGGGCUCCUCAACACAGGCUGUGCAGUUUGUCAGUGCAGUGAACGGUGCCCUUUCAUUGGCUGGUGUGGACGACCACGUAAAGAACUUCAGGCCUCAGUGUCUGGUGAUGACAGGCUCGCCGAUGCACAGGCCUUCUCUCCUGGCUAUAGCCCAUUGCCUCUCCAAAAACUUUGGCCUCUGUGUUGCAGGCGAAGUGUUUAAGGGAUCGAGAGUUGACAACCUAGAGGAGAUAAAUAGCACCAUUGAACGCAACCUCGGAUGGAUCAAGAAGAAAAAGCGCAAGGCCUUCUACAACUUAGUGGUGGACAACAACUUCCGUGCGGGAGCUGCGACUUUACUGCAGGCUGCAGGGCUUGGCCGCCUGAAGCCCAAUACUCUCAUCAUGGGCUUCAAGAGUGACUGGAAGACAGUCGACAGACAGGAUGUCAACAACUAUGUCGGGGUGUUUCACGACUCCUUUGACCUUGAGUAUGGAAAUGUGCUUCUGAGGAUCGCCCCGGGUCUUGAUAUCUCUCACAUCCUUAUGGGUAAUGAAGGAAUGCAGCAACAGGCAGAGCCGAUCCAAAAUGGAGGCCGAGGCAUUUCCAAGAAAUCCAAGAAAUCAUCCGACCAAGUGCUCACAACACGAGUGUCUUUGAAUGUCACACAGUCUCCUGAAGACGCAAAGAAGAACCAGGAACUGAUGGCUGCAAGCAAAAUGUUCACCGGGAAAAUGGGCAAAGGCACUAUUGACGUGUGGUGGCUGUUUGACGAUGGAGGCCUGACCCUGCUGCUCCCCUACAUCCUCACCACACGCAAGAAGUUCAAGGACUGCAAGCUGCGCAUCUUCAUCGCCGGCCUGCCAGGACGACUGCAGCAAGACAAAGAAGAGAUGGAAAUGCUCCUCAAGAAGUUCAGGAUCAUGUGUACAGAUAUCCAUGUCAUUCCUGACAUGAAUGCCACACCUGAAUCUACCAGCCUGAAGGCGUUUGAUGACAUGAUCGCACCUUUCCGUCUGAACGAGGGCAACACGGGCUCCGCCCAGGCAGAGGCCAUGAGGAAGGAGAACCCAUGGAAGAUCUCAGACACUGAGCUGGAGUCGUUCCGGGAAAAGACAAAUCUCCAGAUCCGCCUGAAUGAACUCCUACAAGAGAAAUCAAAAACAGCCAAACUCAUCAUUGUGAGUUUGCCUAUUGCCCGCAAAGGAUCCAUCUCUGACUACCUCUACAUGGCCUGGCUGGACAUCCUGUCGAAAAACCUUCCACCAACCCUGCUCAUCCGAGGGAACCACAAGAGUGUGCUGACCUUCUAUUCUUAGAACAAGGAACGGCAACAUGGCCUUCCGUUUCACCAACAGAACCCUUGUGUGUUCAUUCAACAAGGACUAGAGCAGUAACACAAUCAACAGCUGUGCUGCCCCCUGUAGGGUGGAUGCAGACUGUCCUAUGGAUCUAGGGAGAAAACACAAGACAAGUGUUGGUGUUGGCAGUGGAAAAUUUCAGUCAGUGUAAAUAUUCUUGGGGUCAGUUGUAAGAUCCAUAGAUAGCGAAGGCAACCAAGUUAACACCAAGUUACAAGGCCUCUUGUUGGGGCAGAAAUGAACAAGUGAAAUGUAGAUAGCCUAGAGAUUGUAAAGAAAAAUAGCCAAUAAGCUAAUUAGUAUUUUUAAUGAAGGGACAAUAUCUCCCUCAGUAUAUAUCUUGAAGUAGCCAAAUUCUGAGAAUCUGUACAUUUUGUGAAAUUCUUUGUUUUUGGUGAUGGUACAUUUGUUGUUUUAAGGUUUGUUAGUUUUAUCUACUGUAUGAAGUUUGGAUGCUUCUCUGUAUAUUUUCUAUUUAACAUUGUUACUACUGCUUUAAUUUGU